AUGGUGGGACGACGACCUCAAUACGCCAAUCGUGAGCAUCUCCCAGCUCUCCUUGACGAAGCUUCGCUAAUUUUUCAGGCCUCCGUAUUCUACCAGAAUGCCGACGACGGGAUCGUGAAUGCGUACUUGAUAUGCGACAACACAACAGGCAAUUACAAGCUCGACACCGAUGGCCAAGAGGUCGUUUCCGACUCGGCUGGGCUGCCCUCAGUGAACGAAAAGACUGGAUUGGCGGUCGCAGAACUUGGAGACUCAGGCGGCUCCCGAGUCUACUACCACGACGAAGAUGGACGAGUCAACCUCCUCGCAUACGAUGACGAUACCGAUUGGCGAUACGAUGGUCCAGUUUCGCUGAAGAAGCCGGGUGGUAUGACGAUAGCGGCUGUACAAACAAAGGGCACCAACGUUUCGGUAGUGUAUCCUUACGAUAGCAAGGACAUUGUUGUUGCUCGCUACAAUAACAAUAACAAGAGCAAAUGGCGCCUAGAAUCCUUCCCAACGCCGUUCGAUAGCCCAGCGCCGACGAAUGCGACCGAGCCUUCCGAUAUUCGACUCGAUACAUCAACAGCGGCAUCGCUCACUCUCCCCUCCUACGACAAUUCUGCCGUUGAUCUAGGCAUUGCGAACCAAGCUGGCAAGGGAUUGACAGUGUUUUAUAUUGGCAAAGACUCUCAGUUACACGCGAUAACACAUAAGAACGGCGAUUGGGCAGAGGAGGACAGUCCCGGGAAGAAGAAAUGGCCUGAAGCAGACGACGCUUCCGCGCGCUUGGCUGUUGUUUCACCGCUGGACUCAGACGAGAUAUGGGUAUACUACAUGAGCGGCGAUAAGAUCCAAGAGCUACACAAAUCUGAUGGUGGAUCUUGGGACAAUGCGCAAACACCAUCGUCAAAUAACUCUGCGGACAGCGACUCGGGAUCUGAAGGCGGCGACGAGGCAACAAGCACAGGCGGUAAUUCUGGCGCAAAAGAGACAGAUAGCGCCACAUCUGAUUCAGACACGGGAGGAAUGACAGCUGGAGCAAAGGCCGGUGUUGGCGUUGGAGUCAGCGUGGGUGUGCUUGCAAUUGCUGCUGGUGCGUUUUUCUUCCUGCGCCGAAAGCGUCAGGCGCCUGUUGACAGCGAGCGUAAAGGGUCGGCUGAGCUGGCUACUUAUCAUCCUGUUGAGCUGCCGACCGAGGUGCAUGAGCCGCAGGAGUUGUCGGGGAUACAGAACCAACAGUAUGAGCUGCUUGGCGACACGAGGAGGAGGACGUAG